UAUUUUCCCGCCAUUUCCAGCUUGUUGUGAGGAGAAGUGGAUGAUUUCGAUGAGAUCCGGGACCCUCUGGGAUCACGGCGGCCAAGCGGGUAGGGAAGAAUGGAUUGGUUUCACUGCAACCAGUGUUUCCGAAAAGAUGGAGCCCAUUUCUUUGUUACCAGCUGUGGCCAUAUUUUCUGUAAAAAGUGUGUGACUCUGGAAAAAUGUGCUGUUUGUGGAACUGCCUGCAAGCAUCUGGCUCUUUCUGAUAACCUGAAACCUCAGGAGAAGAUGUAUUUCAAAAGCCCUGUGGAGACAGCUUUGCAGUAUUUUAAUCACAUCGCUCAGCAGGUGUGGAGUUUCCAGAAGAAACAAACAGAUCUCCUUAUCGCCUUUUAUAAGCAUAGAAUUACAAAGUUAGAAGCAGCCGUGCAGGAGGCACAGCAAACUGUGACCAGCCAGGACAAAGAGCUGUCAGUCUUAAGGAAGGAGAAUGGAGAACUGAAGAAAUACCUAGCCAUCUUAAAGGAAUCUCCAAGUUGGUACCAAGGAAGCAGAUCAACUACACCCCGACCAGUGGGUAUUACUUCCCCGUCACAGUCAGUUACUCCACGACCCAGUUCUCAGCAGAGCAGCCAAGUGGUCAGCCGGUCCUCCUCAGUGGAGUCUAUCCCUUACAGAGUGGCUGGCUUUGGUAGCUUGGGACAGGGAGCCAGAGGCCUGCAGGGAAGGAGCACUCCCAGAGACUCUUUUACUGAAACCCCUUCACCAGCUUCCACUCACAGCCUAUCUUACAGACCUUCAUCUGCCUCCUCUGGACAAGGGAUCUUUUCUUUCAGACCAUCCCUAAAUGGAGUCCUCACCCCCAACAGUUCGGGUCAGAGGGAGAGGAGAACCACACCAGAGAGCCUUCCUGGUUUCCAGCUACCAGUCCUGCAGACUCUCUACCAACAGAGGCAGAUGGCAUUAGCCAGGGGGAGAGAAGCAUGGACCACUUCCAGAUAGACCGUCUUCAAGGUCUGAUCUAUACAUACUGCUGAACGACAGAUUGUAGCAUCCAAUACCCAUUAGGCAUGAUGGCCUUGGAAAAUGUACCCCUGCCUUGUUUCUUGGUUUCACUCUGUACCUUAUCUUUCUCGAUCUUUACCAUAUACACCCUGUAUUACCUCCUAGGAAAGUAGUCAGGUCUUAUAUAAGGCUUGUGCUUCAGGAAGAUGUUUCUAUUUCUCUUGCAAGACAUAUGUAGCUCCUUCAUUUCCUAUAACUUGAAACAAAGGUUGUAAAAACAAUUCUUGGCAUCACUGGGUAUGGGGGUAAUAUACUCAUUACCUGUGUUUUAUUUCUGGCUUUCAUUUUUGGAUAUGUAUUCUCCCAUUGCCAAUGUUAACAAGCAACAACUCUGUUCCUUGUCCUAAUUUAUUAUACUUUUUCUGUUUGCCUGUUGUUUCCUCUGCCUAGUUACUAUUAAAUGUGUUGAUUUUCCUUUCUGAUAACAGUUGCAGACAGACUUUAAGCUCACUAAAGUACAUACAUAAUAAAAUAAAGAGGAUGCCCUUUCAUUGGUAUUGGAACUCUGUUGGUAUUACAAGCUGUAGAAUGGUGGAAUGGGCAAAGAACACUACCACUGAGAUCAAACACUUACUCUUCUUUGGGUACUAAGAAGUAGAAAUGAGGAAUUAAAUGAGUGGGCCACUGGCAGGCAGGCCUUAAUAAAAAAAUAUUGGAAAAAUGUAAACACAGCCAACAUCUGCCAGAAAUAAAUUAGGUCUUGGGAAUGACCCUGAAGCUGAACUAGGAUCCCACUAGAAACUGGGAUCCCUAUUCUGAACUGUGAAUUUAUUUUUAAAGGCAUUGCUGGACACCUCCUCUUCUGAGCAAGAGCCCGUGCUGUAGCAGGUGCAGGAAAGAAUCUGCCUAGUGAUACUGCUCUACUGCCCUUUAAAGCUUUUGUUCUUUUAAUAUACCUCAAUA